CACAGCUAAAACACUGGCCCGUCAUAGUUAACAAUUGUUAUAGGUGAACGCUUUUCUUCAACUCUAAAACGUAAAAUUACGAUCGAGUUGUUUCGUUAACUAUCCUUAGUUCACUACAAUCAUCACUGUGUGCUUAAUGUUUAAAUUAUAAAGUGAAUUUAAUUGCUGAAUUUUUCUACAAAUUUAUCCAUAUUUAUGAUCAAACCGUUGCUAAAAUAGGCAUUACAGCUCAUUAAGUUAAAAAAUAAAAUAUGGAUUCUUUUUUAAAAACUGGAAAAAUAGAUCCAGAACUACAAUCUACUAGUAGCAGUGUUAAAAGUAAAAAGGGAUCUAGAGGAAUCUCUGACAGCACUACACCUUGGGUUGAAAAAUAUCGCCCUCGUACAGUUGAUGAGGUAUCUGAGCAGUCAGAAAUUGUAGCUGUACUAAAACAAUGUUUGGAGCAAGGUGCUGAUAUGCCUCACCUUUUAUUCUAUGGCCCUCCUGGUACUGGUAAAACUAGUACAAUAAUUGCGGCUGCUCGUCAGCUGUUUGGAGAUAUGUACAAGGACCGCAUGCUAGAACUUAAUGCAUCUGAUGAUCGUGGUAUUCAAGUGAUUCGAGAUAAAGUCAAAACUUUUGCACAACUCACAGCUUCUGACCGACGACCUGAUGGUAAACCAUGUCCAUCUUUCAAAAUUGUUGUCCUAGAUGAAGCUGACUCAAUGACAGCUCCAGCUCAAGCAGCUUUGAGGCGUACUAUUGAACGAGAAACCAAGACUACUAGAUUCUGUCUUAUUUGCAAUUAUGUAAGUUGCAUUAUUGACCCAUUAACAUCUCGUUGCUCCAAGUUCAGAUUCAAACCUUUAUCACAUGACAUCAUAUUGACACGUCUUGAGCAUAUAUGUAAAGAAGAAGAAGUAAAGUGUAGUAAACGAGUGCUGGCACAAUUAGUAGAUGCUUCAGGAGGUGAUAUGCGAAGAGCAAUCACGUCACUUCAAAGUACAGCUAGAUUAAAAGGUGGAGAAGUUAUUGAAGAAGCAGAUGUACUUGAAGUUGUUGGUACUGUACCUGACAUCUGGUUAAACCGUAUGAUAGACAUUGGUCGUCUUUAUGAUUAUCAAAAAAUGGAUGAUUUUGUUGAAGAACUUAUAUUUGAGGCCUAUUCAGCAUCUCAGAUAUUAGAACAGUUGCAUGACAAAAUUGUGUUUGCCACUGAUUUAAAAGACAAACAAAAGUCAUUAAUUUCUAAAUCCAUUAGUAUUUGUGCUUAUAGAUUACAAGAAGGUUGUAGUGAAUAUGUUACUCUUUUGCAUCUUUUAUGUUCAAUUGCUAAAUCGUUGAAAGAUUAAGUUCUUUAAUUUGUUUUUAUUUAAUGUUAGUAAUUUUUUUUUUUUUUUCUCUAAUUUUUGUAGUUUUUAUAUUUUUACUUAGAGCUAUAAAUUACAAAAUAGGUUCAUUGGUAUGUAGGUAGUUAGAUUAUAAUAUCUGUAUUCAUUUUUUCUAUUUAUAUUUAUUUAUAUUGUAUAAUAUUUUAUUUUUAAUUUGUACA